AUGACUCUUCUUCUAAUCCAUCUUCUUAUAUUUUACUGUUGUUGUGCUAUAGAAUUUUGCAGUGCCAUAGAAAAAAUUACAUCAAUUCAGCCCAUCAAUGACCCUGAAACUAUAGUCUCCAAUGGUGACACCUUCAAACUAGGAUUUUUUAGCCCGGUUAAUUCAACUAACCGGUACGUUGGUAUCUGGUAUAACGACCUCUCUGCUGCUGCUGUGGUCUGGGUAGCAAAUAGAGAUAAACCUCUUAAUGAUUCUUCCGGGACUGUGACUAUAUCCGAAGAUGGCAACCUCGUAGUCAUGGAUGGACAGAAACAGAUUGUUGGGUCAUUAAAUGUGCCACAUUCUUCAGCAAAUUCAAGUGCCCAGCUUUUGGAUUCCGGGAACCUUGUAUUGCGAGAUAGUUUUGGUCAAAGCAGCAUAAUAUGGGAGAGUUUCGAAGACCCUUCUGAUUCAAUCUUGCAGAAGAUGAAAAUUAGUACCAAUAAAUAUACUGGUGAGAGGACUCUGCUCACCUCGUGGAAAACGUCUUCUGAUCCAUCUACCGGGAGUUUCACUUAUGGAAUGAAUCCCUUAGAUAUUCCGGAACUAUAUGUAUGGAAUGGUAGUCAUACGUACUGGUGUAGUGGUCCAUGGAAUGGACAGAUUUUUAUCUGA